AUGCCGCACCUGCGCCGCCCAGCACCCGACGCCACCUCCGCUUCCCGGCAGCCUCUGGCAACUCCAGCUCCAGCUCCGAGCCCGCAGCGUCCACCGCCACCACCGCCUCCCGCGAGCGGCCCCCGCCGCGUCCUCCAACGCCGCUGUCCGCCCGCAGGUUCUCCACCUGCUGCUUGUCCGCGCCUCCCCGCAGCUCUGCCCACGCUGCACCGGUGCCCUCCGCCCCGCUCCGGCUCUGCUACCUCCACUCCCAAGUCUCUAUUGGUGCCGCUCAUCCGCAACUGUCGGUUCCUCUCGGCUCUUCCGGACCGCUGCCCGCCACACAGACCGGAGGAACCCGCGCCCGCCACGUGGCAGGCGGCCACUGGCCCGCGGGAAAACCGUACAGACAGUCAGCUAUUUCCGUAUGCCACGUCAACCGUACAGAUGCCACGUCACUCGCCGAAUCAGCUCGCACAGUCAGCAAUUCCGUACAGUAUGGAACAUACAGUCAGCUUGCCACGUAAUCUGUCAGUACGGUACGGACGUCCAGUCAGCAGGGUGAAGUUUUGGCGACGGUCAUAA